CAUGGUGCAGUGGUUAGACGUUUUACAACCAACAGUCGCUAGCAUACAGUGUUCAGCAUACAUAAUUUCUGGACAUCGCCGAGGGAAGGAAAGCCUGGCUGCUACACUGUGCUGCAGAGGAGAGGAGAUAAGCUGACAGGGAGAGAGCAAGAGAGAUAAAGAGAGCGAAAGAGAAAGAGAGAGAGAGAGAGAGAGAGAGCGAGAGCGAGAGAGAGAGGCUGAUUGUGGAGACGGGGGUCACGGUGGGGUUUCAUACAGCCAUGGAGCCACUCAUGACCGAGGCUCACUGCUCAACCGUAUCACGAAACCUCGAGGAUAUAAGGGAUGAGGACGUCGAGGCAUCGCUGAGACUACUUGACGAUGUUCUAGCGGAGUUUGACUUUGAUUCGAUCAGUCUUCAUAGUAACGGUGAAGGCGAUGAGAGUGGCGGCAAGCUGAGCAGAGCCGGAGAGACGGCCAGGGAUGAUGACAUUCCACUCGACUCGAUUCGCAGUAAGGUUCCGCCACCUACACCAGACGAAGCCGCAAAUUUCUUUGCUUCUCUGUUUCACAAGAGGACUGACAACCGGAGAGAGAGCGACGACGAUGACUCGGAGACCAGAGAUAGCAUCUCCACUAUGGUUGACAUCCAUACAAUAGGUAACGACACGAAGAGGUCGACCAGCAGCAGUGGUAGCGCUCGCAGCAGUCAGGCACCGUCCAGCACCGGAUCAUCAGAACUCUACCCUCGCAAGGACGAGGACUUGCUCGAUGUCCCCACGCAGUCUCGCUCGAGCAGUAGAUCGAGUAGCACGGUGAGCGGGUACGCGAGCAGCACCCACGAGACGGCGCUGCCGCCGCGCGCCGACUGCGCCGACCGUGGCGACGCCACGCGCACGCGCCCCGAAGCCAUCCCCGUGCCGCCGCCGACCGUCUCCUUCCUGCACAAGUUUGCCGCCGACGUCGCGUCGUCGCGCGCGUCGCAAGACUCGAAGUCGUCGACGAGUCCCGGCUCGUCGCACAGUGGCAGCAGGGAGAGCCUCCUGAGCGACUCGCCAGUGCCACCUGUCGACAGAAGUUUGAAACAACGAGCGCGGCAGUCGACGGGGGACAGCGGGAUAGACGUGGCGACGCACGAGUGCGACGCAGCGGAGAAGGUCGAUAGAGGGCAGCACGAGAGGGCCUCGCCUCCUGCGCAGCAGUCUCCGAAGAGGUUCGAGCGAGGUCACUACAGGUCAACGAGUGGGACGUGCCUCCCCCCUCCCCCAAACGUGGAGGUGGAGGAGAUUAGACUGAGUCCAGAUGAAAGGUUACCUAGCCCUCCGGAUGAAGCGAAGGCGAACAGGUUUGCCGCCGACAGGAAGCCACCGCCGCUCAUCCCUAAGCGAAACCCGAAGACGCGCCUCAGCUACGCGUCGCCCGCCGACACGCGCAGCGACUGUGGCGCCACCUGCACGUGCACGUGCAACUGCUACCUGCUGGACGACUGCCCGCAGUGUAGCAGCGAUCGUGCGGCGGCGGCAGCGGCGCUCACGAAGCCUCGCGUCCUCACUACGUUCGGUGGCAGGCGACCCGGCGGAGGUCCUCCCGUCGAUAUGGUGCGCUGCAGCUGCGGGGAGGUGGUGCCCGUGCAGAGUGCCCACCGGCAGGUGGCGCCGGCGAUCGACUCGCCGCGCUACGACGACGAGACGGAGUCGUACAUCCGCACGAUACUCCACAACAUACACCGCGACGGCGACGGCGACGCGCGACAGAUGCCGCGCGGUCGGCCGCUCUCGCACGUGCCCACCGCCGCGCACGACGCCUUUCGGCCGUACCAGCGCUCGCAGUCGUUCUCCCCCGAGCCCCAGGUGCGGGUGACUCAUCACGAUUCGACGCAGAAGAAGAAGUGCAAGAAGGCGAAGGACGAACAAAAGAAGCGAGAGAGCAAGAAAGCGGCGAAGAAGGCGGCAGCGGCGGCGGCGGCGGCGCGGAAACCCGACGUCGACAUCUACGGUGCGAUUCCGCAGACGUCGAUGAUGGAACACUACGGACUGAACGUGGAACUCGUGCACGACCCGACGAACUACUCCCGCCAGAUGCAGCACCACGCGGCGACGCAGCAACGCAGUCAGUCACACGACCGCUACACGAGCAGGCUGCAGUCCAAGGAGCGGCGACAUUCGCCGCUGCACCACUCCCACGCUCACCACUCCUCUGCUCACCAUUCCCCCGUUCACCGCGCCAACCAGCCUAGUCCGAUAUCGUCCACGGCGAAAGGUUUGCCCGACAGGAGCCACCGCCGCUGCAUCCCUAAGCGAAACCCGAAUGACGCGGCCUCGCUACGCGGUCGCCGCCCGCAACAAGCGCAGCGACUGUGGCGCCACUGCACGUGCACACGUGCAAGACUGCUACCUGCUGGACGGGACUGCCCGCAGUGUAACAGCGGGAUCGUGCGGCGGCGGUCAGCGGCGCUCACGAAGUCCUGCAGCUCGCUCACUGACGUUCGUGGCAGGCGACUGGUGGAGCCUCCCGUCGAGUAA